AAGGGGAGCUCUGUCCACCAGGCUGGGUGCCCCACCCCUCCUGACUCCUCACGCUGCUCCCUUUCUGUUUCCCUUACAGGGAAGGAGUUCCUAGCCAAAGCCAAAGAAGACUUCCUCAAGAAAUGGGAGAACCCUGCCCAGAACACGGCCAGUUUGGAUCAGUUUGAUCGAAUCAAGACCCUGGGCACAGGCUCAUUUGGGAGGGUGAUGCUGGUGAAACACAAAGAGACCGGGAAUCACUAUGCCAUGAAGAUCCUGGAUAAACAGAAGGUAGUGAAGCUCAAACAAAUUGAGCAUACCCUCAAUGAAAAACGGAUACUCCAGGCCAUCAACUUUCCAUUACUCGUCAAACUGGAGUAUUCUUUCAAAGUAGGUGUCCUUGGCUUGCCAGCCCGGCCCCGGUCUGUAUCUCCCCCCCGACUCCCACAAUCCCCUUGAUUUGUUUCCUAUUUA